AUGUCUUACGACCAAUACCAGGGGCGCAACGAUACCUACCCGCCUCAGCAGUACUACGAGCAUCAGGCGGAAGGAACAUUCGAUCCGUAUUACAAUGCCCCGCCGCACAGGUCUUACGAGCAAGGGGGUUAUCAGGACGCAGACUACAGGGAUGAAAUUGCUGCGCCCGCUCCCCCCGCAAAGGAGAAGGAUAACGGUGCUUAUGCGACUAGAGAAUUGCCUGCCAGGCGAUCUCCACGAGCCGUGAAGCGUUGGAGACAUGAGCAUCAAGGGAAUCUGUGGACUGCAGGCGGCGGUGUCCGGUGUUGCGGACGGUUCUUCUGCUGCACACUCCUCAUCUUCCUCUUCCUUCUGAUCAGCAUUGUUCUCUCCCUGCUCCUGUGGAUUGCACCACCAGAUGUUGAGAUUGGAAAUAUUACCCCUGUGACAAACGGGAGUACUCUCCAGCUCCAAAGCGAUGGCGCUUUAAUCAAUCUACAAGUGCCCAUCUCGUCACGUAAUCUCACUGUCGGGUUUAGUGUCAAUAACCCGAACUACUUCUCUGUCAAGUUCAGCACCAUCGAUGCAAAGCUAUUCUACCCUAUCAACAAUACCGAUGUCGGCGGUGGCAUCCUGAAUGGACUGGACAUCAAGAGCAAAGCGCAGACGAAUUUCACGUUACCUUUCACACUGAACUACACGUUUGCCAUUGACCCCCAGUUUAAGAUCCUCGAGGAUAUUGCCACCAAGUGUGGCCUCCUGGGUUCAGCGGCUUCCCCGUUGACAAUCAGCUAUGAAAUU